UAUCAAUCAAUAUUUAGCUCGGUGUGCAACCCGCCUGAGCGCAGUGUAUGACCCAUGUGUGCUGGCAUCAGUUUCCCUCCUCAUCGAACAGGAAAUAGUUAUUUCUUCGUCAAAAAUACCGUCGCAAAUGUAUAAUGUAUGUACGAUUCGUGGAGUGAAUUUAUUAUUAAACAAGGUUAAUGGGCGCGAAUAGUAUUAUAAUUAAUUUUUUUUUUCUUUAAAUUUAAGAACCAAAUUAUUUCCGGUUAAUUUAUUUCAGAAUUCAUCAACCGUCUUUCGUUCAUAUUAUCAAUUGAAAAAAGUUUUUAGAUGUGUUUUUAGUAACUCAUACAUUUGAAUUCCAUUUGAAAACCUUUCAUUGUUUUAGCCCUGAUCCUAGAUUGAGUUUACUGACUCAAGCUAAGGGUGUUAACUUUUGUGUGAGAAGCUAGGAGUUCGGAUUCCAAAAUGUUGUAUGUUAUUCUAGUGUGCUUCGUUAUUGUUCCUGAAGCAUUUCCAAUAGGAAAUCAUCCCAGCUGGAAAUCUUCGCGGCAUCAUCAUGGAUCAAUGAAAACUAACGAGGGAUUUUUCAACCGGCACCAACAGCGAUCAAUGACAGACUGUUCCCGGCCAAGCUCCAAAUAUUGUUCUCCAUCCUCCCACAGCUCAGCCCAAGGAUCAAGCGGGCACCAUUCAAAUUAUUACUCAGGGAGCCUGAACAAGUAUCAACCUUUUUGUAAAAACACACAAUCUUUCCGUAAUUUGCAUUCAAAUUCAGCCGCAACGCACGGAUCCAAGUUCGAGCGUUGUGCCCCCACUUAUCCGGGGAAAAUUGCUCGACAGAAACUGAGGCAACCACCACUGAACAGCCUUGCAGUACUACAGAGCAACCCUGUUCAACAACCAAGGCCACAACCACUGAACAGCCGUGUACCUCGGAAUACCCCUCAACAACUAAAGCAACAACCACUGAACAGCCUACCACCACCACAAAAUACCCGUCAACAACCACUGAACAGCCUACCACCACCACGGAGUACCCUUCAACAACCACUGAACAGCCUACAACCACUACGGAAUACCCCUCAACAACCGAAGCAACAACCACUGAACAGCCUACCACAACUACAGAAUACUCUACAACAACCGCGGCAGCAACCACUGAACAGCCUACCACAACUACAGAAUACUCUACAACAACCGAGGCAGCAACCACUGAACAGCCUACCACAACUACAGAAUACUCUACAACAACCGAGGCAACAACCACUGAACAACCUACCACAACUACAGAAUGCCCCUCCACAACCGAGGCAACAACUACUGAGCAACCUACCACCACGGCAGAUGCAGAAAAGACAUAUGAACCACCUCAACCGGAUGACAGCUCAAGUUACGCAAGCGCCUCAAGCUGGGCAAGUUCUUCAAGCGGCAGUCGAUAAUCACAGGGUUUCUAAGGAAUUGAAACAACAAGGGAUAUUGAAUAAUGUGGUGCCAUUUCAGGGUACCCCUGAAAAGCAGAACCAGCAACGAUCUCUGAAAGGCCUCAUGACACUCCAGAAUACCGCUCAGGGACCAAAUCAGCAACGCAUGCUCAACACUCAACCCUUUCAUCAGAAUAUCCCUCUGAAUCCGAACCAGCAAUGGCCUCCAAACAGACCAUUACAGCCUCAAAAUAGCCCUCAAAACCAGAACCAGUGGAACUCACAGAGCAAUGUAGCACCGUCCCAAAUGCAGAAGUGCCAUUCAAAUCAUCCAAACCUACAGAAGAAAACUCAAACAGAACCAGCUUAUCAAAUCACUUAUACGCCUCAAUUGGAACAUGCUUGUCAGGUAAAUGGAAUCCACCCAAAUUCCAAUCUGAAGACACACACAGCCACGGAUAAGUUCUGGGAUGCAAACUCAAAGGUAACUAAUGAUAAAGGAAUCAAUUUCAGGUCUCAGUUCGCAGUACUUCCACAAAAUAUUGCAGAGUCACAAAUUGGAUUUUUUGAUGGCAGAAAAAAUAAUUUCAGCGACCGGGCACAUUCCAGAGUAAAGCGUACUUCGGACUGUGGUAGGUCGAAAAAACGGAGAGCAAGGUUGAUGAAAGAGCGUAUAAGUCAGAGGAAGUUGCGAUGGCAGAACAGCAAACAAAGACGAAGCAUGAAAGAUGAGAUACUCAAUCCAGUGCUACCACUUUGAAAAAAUGAUGUCUACCUCUCUGGGUCAAGCAAGCCCCUCCCUGGAAUCGAAAUUGAGCUAUUUGACACUGUUUUUAAAUGGUGGUAAAGUGUCAGUCUCUUCAAGAAUGUUGUGAAAAUUAAUAUAAUCCCUUUCGUUUGAUUUUCAAUUCCUUCUGAGUCUCAAUAAUUAUGUUCACUAAAACGUAAGUGAAUAUACUAGAGAGCCCGGCAACUUCCAAUAAAAAAUUGAAAUCGUAAUCACACA